GUGCGAGCGCGCUUAAUAACGCGCGCGACUGUCUAAAUUAAGAGCGUCCGUAAUCACCAGUAACCGUCUCUCGGUGUCCUCUCGUUCUGCUUCCUUGGCAUUACAUGCGAGACGCGCGCGCACCAGCUACGAGAGAGACGCGCAAUCAUCCCCCGGUUCAGCAGUUCCGUCCUGCGUUUCACGUGACCUCUCGAAUUGGAACUGACGUGCGUUCGAAGCUUCGCGUUUCACACGAGCGCGUUGCACCGGCGGAAUAAUAAUCGCAGAGACGCGGCGAGGAGAGCGAGGAUUUUCCUUUCCUCCUGGCACCGCAGCUUGCGCGAGAUGAGGAGGGCCUUCGAUCCGGCAUUUUUAAGGUUAGGUGAGUGGAAUGCGUCGAGUCCGAGGCCGGGUGCAGGAGAUGCAGGGACGGGACGUGCGCGAGAUGCGCGGUGCUGCUGCAUCAGGGUACCUGCGUGCACACCUGCCCACCGGGCUUCGUCGCCGACUGGUCGACCCGGGACGAGUACAUGGGUCGUAUCUGCCGCGAGACCGGCUACAUGUUCGGCCUCACCGGUAGCCAGGUCGCGAUCCUUGUGGGGGUGAUCUCCGGCGCUACCAUCUGCUUCUUCAUCAUCGUGUGCGGUGCGAUAGUCGUGCAUCGAAGGAAGAAGAGGGCGGCGAAGCUAGUGCAGCAAUACGAGGACAGCGCGGAGAGGCGAGAAUUUCUCAAGCAUUUGGCGACGCUCAGGGGAGAGGCCAACACUUUCCUCGCGAUGCUCAACGACACCAGGCGACAAGUCAGGGAAUUGUACUACUCGGGGAGUAACGGGGACGGCGCCGUCGGCAUCCAGGCAUACAGACCAGUGUUACGUGACUUGGCGAGGAUACUGGUCCUGGUGAACAGGCGAGACGACGAGAUACCACUGCCCCCCGACGACUGGCAACGACUGUUCUCAUGGGCGGAGCGGCUGCUGAGAAGAUACAAGAGGCACAGCUCCCCAGAAGUGGCUCAGCUCGUGACGUUUCUGCAGCAACCGGCGAGUCCCGUCCAAAUGAUGAUGCCGCCCGCGCCGUCGCAGCCGGCGGUGACGACGACGUCGCAAACAGCCCAGCCGUACGAGCCGAGGACCACCCCCACUAAUCUCACGACAUUCCAAGCGAACGUGCCGCUCGCUACGUUCCAGGCGAGCGACAAGUCGAGCAUCAGCCCGGCGAGCUCGAGCCUCGGCUACGCGAAGGACAGUCCCGUCAGUUCGAGUUUAGGUCAGAACAGCUCGGUGCUGUACAACCACGAGAAGCUCAGCCCGAACGGCUCCGAGAGAAUCGGCCAGACGACGCCCUUGGUAUACGCUGGGAACCAGAAGCGGGCGCCGAAGAGCCCCGGCAGCUCGCGCCUCCAGGAGCUGGCGAUCUCCGCGUUCAAUCACAACUACAACGUCGGCGGAGCGCAGCUGCCGGAACCGGCUGGAACAGCAGCAGCCCCACCGAGUCGCGGUUUGCACGAUGAGUGUAACGACGGUCUAGACCGCGACCUGAAUCCCCAAUGGGAGUUCCAGAGCACCAUGGAGGCGGCCAAUUACACCAUCCUGUCGGACUGGUCGCCCGCGCGCGAUUACCUCAUCGACGACUUCACGAUCCUCGGCUUCCGGCCGCAGGACGAGAUCACCACGGAACUCUAAACGGAACUUUCCCGCGCACAACGACUGAUUACGAACAUAUCCAAAUGUAAGACUCGUCGAGAGCGAGAGAGCGAGCGAGAGAGAGAGAGAUAUAUUACGAAUGCUCAUGUGUCCCAAAGUACCCGCCGUUUAAGACAAUCGGCCUCUCGUACCUCUUGCAUUUCUCAGCAAUCUUCCUCCAUAAUCUCUCCCGAUAAUCGCUAGGGGAACAAAAAUACUCACACACAGGCGGAUCUGCUGUAUCUAUACUCGAGCUCUCUCUCUCUAUCGAUUUUUCUUUCCUUUUUAACUCGAGUGUGAUUUCUCUUUCCUUUUUAAAUCGAGUGUUCUUUUCUUUUUAGCAAUUUUUACGCGCGGAACUUCUGGCACAGAUUGUAUACUGUGUUCACAUGAUAGAGAAUCUCGUGACGUUAUCUUAAGGAUUCGCAUCUCUGCCCCGAAAGAGAGAGAGAGAGAGAGAGAGAGAGCACUACAGACCUCUAGCCUGCCAAGCGUUGUUUCACGAAUGACACCUUCGGUUUGAACGUAUUCGAGAUUAUACCGCGCAAUAGAAACAAAAGGGAAAUAUCGCGAUGAUACCAAAUAAUUGUAAGGGCUUUGUAUAAAUAUUGGUCUUUAUUUAACUCCUAUGUUGUACAUCGUUAAUGACAUUUACUUUAUGUGUAUUAUAGUGUACUAGUCAACGUUUCCGUUUGUUCACAUCCAAAUGUCGAAGCGCGUCGUUCACUUCGCGACUUCCGUAUUCGUCUCUCGCGUGUAACUUGUUGUUCGACUUUAUUUUACUUUCGGGACAAAUUUACGAUCGUCGUCGGAUCGAAUCGUGGUUACCUCGCGGUGUGUUGCGAGCUGCAAUAUUCAUUAUUCUCAACUCACCGCGUUUUUUUUUUUAAAGCUCACAUUCCACUCGCGAUACCGUGGCAACGUGAACUUAAAAGUGCAAAAAAAAAAGAAGCGGAUUUUGUUAUUUUAUUUAUAUAGGAAUGCACACACACACACACACACACGCGCGUACACACACACACACACACACACACACACACACAUUCGAAUUGGACGUGUCAUUAUGCAUAUGUGUGAUCAAGGCGGUCACCUGUACAAAUUGAUGUAAAUACUGGUUAAUAUUUUAGUAAUAAAUGUAAGGAGAUAUCGAAUAUAAUAUAUGUACCUGUAAAUGAGA